AUGGCACGAGUUAUAGCCACCAGUGAACCACCAUCAAAUAACGCUGAAUCACCCCUUUCAGACUUUGGUACCUAUUCUGCUCUUCAUCACCUUUCAAUGGCUGCUGCUCAGAGGUAUAUUGAAGACAUUAACGGCUUGAUAAGCACCAAAAGUCCACACUUCAGAACCGUAGUUCGUGUCAUGUCAAUCUGGAAGAUGUACAAGAAGGCAGAUCAGAAAGAAAUCAAGUCACUUGAACUCAUAUUCAUAGAUGCUCAGGGUGGAAAAAAUCAGGCUACCAUCCCUAAAAGCUUUAUGGACAGUUUUAUCAACUACUUCGAAGAAGGCUGUGUUCGGCAAAUAGCAUGUUUUGAUCAUGCUUUGAACAUUGUUGGUGGUUACCGUUGUUCAAAACACGAAUACAAAAUCAUGUUUGAAUCUAACACCAUUGUGGAUACUGUGGAUGCUGUUGUUGAUUUGGAUAUUCCUAACCAUGUGUUUGAAUUCACUCCUUUCGCUGAGAUUUCAAAUUUCAUUGCGAAUUUUGAUUCCUAUGUUAUUGGACAUGUUAUUGGUGUAAGUGAGACGAUCAUUGAUGGGGAGAAGAAGAGGAUAUCUGUGGAGCUGGAGGAUGAAAGGGCUGACAGGUUGAAGAUCACUCUGUGGAAUGGAAAUGUUAAUGCCAUAUCGGCAAUGAUGGCGGAUCAUCCAGUAAUGCCGGUAGUGCUUAUUGUGCAAUAUGUGAAAUGCAAAAAGUGGAAUUUCACCACUAAUAUGUACAAUGGCAGAAUCUUCCUAAAUGACAUGUCUAUGCCUGCAAUUUCUGACUACAAAAUGAGAUUGGAGGAUAUUGAGGAUAAAGAUGCAAGUGUCGAACGGAUUUCUAUACUUUCUAACAUAUCUGGAUACAAUACUUAUGAAGACUUUGUGAAGGAUGCAUCAAUGUUAACCCUGUCUGAGAUUAAGGAGUUAGAGGAGCCUUGCUAUGUGGUUACUUUUGCUAAAAUUACUGGAUUGGUGAAGGAUUUUGAUUGGUGCUACUUAGGAUGUAGAGACUGCAACAAGAAGGUGACAGAAAUUGGUAAAGACACUGAUACCAGGUUUGUAGGAUUGCCUAAAAGUAACCAACGUGGCAAGGGGAAAAAGGUCACCAAUGAAAACAAUGGUGAAGGUAUCAAGAAGUUUCUAUGCAGCAAACAUGGUGCUGUUUCUGCUGUUGCUCAAAAGUUCAAGAUACAGGCAAUUGUUGUUGAUGGAUCAGGAAGUGGAACCAGGAGUCUAUUAUCCAAUAAGCUAGAUGAGCUUAAAAGAAAAAAGUGUUUGUUCAAGCUUGAUGUUUCACAAUUUAAUAUAAGGAAUAGGGACAGUGAAAUGUCAGUUGCUAGGGUUACUACUGAUGCUGCGAUUAUAAAACAGUACCUACAAGCUGUAUCUGAAGAUUUGGAAAUAGAUGCAGAAGCCAGUAUUGAAUUUGGGCUCAAUAUGACCCAAACAGAUGACAGUACUGCAAAGGCUGAUGUAUCAUGUACUGGGGAUGUUAAUAUAAUGCUGAUGUUGGGACUCCUCUGGAAGAUACUGCUGAUACUCCCCCACCAAAGAAGACUAAAUCUACUCAGGACCCUGAGAGUGUCAAAUGCCACCAGAACAAAUGUGUCAGGAAAAUCUGAAGAAAAUUCCAUCGUCAUGAUCUUAUUUGCGUUUGAAUUUAAAUUUCCAAAUAAAAACUGCACUACAUCAGAUGAAAUUCCUUUGCCUUCAACUUUGCUCAUUCAAGAUGAAGAUAGAUCAAAAGAGAUUUUAGUGAUCAGUAACAAUAACGAGUACAAAGUCAUUGGUUUGGUCAAUAAAGAUUGGACACACAUGAGGAUUGGUGGAAAUAAUUGCAACAGUCCAACACCAAAUAUGUCAUGGAAUCACAUCAACAACAUCAAGGUUCAAAUGGUUGUACCGGUUGGAUUAAGUAGUUGUAUCACAGAAGACCAUGCAGAUAACUUUGGUUAUUUUUCAAACUGGUCGCUUGUCUGUGGGGAGCGUACAUAUAUCAAUCAAAUAUCAUAUUCUCCUCAUGAGAAUGCUACAAGAUUGGUUGUAAGUGGGUAUCAAUGGGAUAAGCUUUUAAAAGACCAUGCCGACAUGGUACAACAUUCUGAAUUUGCUGUUUUCACAUAUACUGGAAAAAUGCGAUUAAUUAUGCAUUUUUUCAGUAAGAAGGAGUUGAACAAAAGCCUAUUACAGAAGAUGACUGCUUCAAGAUCCCCAUAG